AUGAAUUAACAAUUAGAUGACUCAAAAGAAAGUGUUGAAUCUCAAUCAAUGGAAAGAUACUUACAAGCAGAAUCAGUAGGUAAUUCUCUCUCUCCUCAGAGAAUGGUUUAAACAUCAAGGAAUCCUUAAGUUGGAGGAUCAAUAUUGAAAUUACAAAAUGGAAAAUAUAGUAAUCCGUAAAAUGUCUUCAAGGACGCCCUAAAUAAAAAAAAAACAGAAUUGCAUAAAAAAUCAUAAAAAUCUGUAGUAGAGGUUUCUAAAUGUGAAAAAGUUAUUAUAUAGAAACAACCAAAAAGUAUUAAAAUUAUAAAUUUAGAAAUGGAUAAAGUAUAAUAAAACAUAAAAAAUAUAUAAAUCAAAGCAGAAGAAGUGAAAAAAAAGAGAGAUGAGGAAAAAUAAAAAGAUGAAAAAUUGAAAUAAAGUAAAGUUGAACAUGCAAAAGAAGAUGUAGAUGAGGGUAAUUUAAUGAAUAUAAUUUUAGUAUUUUAAGAGACAGUAAACAGAUUAUAUAACUAUGAAAAAUAGAGAUUGAAGCAAUUAAAUAAAAUGAAGGAAGAGGAAAAAAAUAAGGAAAAAUAAAUUAUGAGUGCAAGACCUAUGAUAAAUGAAAAGAGUUGUAAAAUGCUAGAAAGAAAAUUAAAAUAACUUAUAAAUGAAGAGGAAGACUAUAAAAUGAUAUAUUAGUUUAAGGAUGCAGAUAUUUAGGUUGACCUUUUGCCUAAUUUACCUAAAUUAAAAGAUUACCUCUAAAUUAAGUAACAUAUCAUAAAUAUUUAUAAAUAGUGCUAAAAAGUCAAUGAAUGUUUGUUAAGAUAUUUAAAUAAUUAAGGAAGAAGUAAUAAUGGAAUAAAUCGAUCCUGCUGAAGAUGUCUAAUAUAAAUAAGGUUAAUGUCAUGCAAUUGUAUAAACUAAUGAGAUAAAAUAUAAAAUUGGAGAUACCAUUAAAAAAUAAGAAUAAUAAACUAUUUAAUAAUAGUAAACAACUUAAUUUGCAACCCAAGAUACUCCAAAUAAAAAGGUACAAAAUUAAAGACAAAAACGUUUAGAGUUUAUGGAAGGGUAAGGAUAGAGGAUGAAAACUGAAUGUUAAUAUUAUGUCCCACUUCAUAUUCGUUAAUAAAAAGUUAUUUAAAAAAAAGAAGAAUGGGUUAAGUCCUAAAUUGAACAAAAAAAAUAGAAGGAGGAAGAAUGUAUAAGAGCAGAAUAAGAAUAGUGGGAAAUGGAAAAAUAAAAGUGGUCUAAAAAGAAGGAUUAAAAUAAAUCAAUGUAAUAAGAAAUUAAUGUUGAAGAAUUUGCUAAUUCAUAAAUUAAUUGGUUAGAAAAAAGAAAUGAACAUAUUUUGACAGAACAAAUAAAAAAAGAUAAGGAUAUGCAAUCUUCAUUAACAUUUAGACCAUAAAUUCAAAAAAGAAAUAUUGAAAAUUACAAUACUGUCAAAGUUGAAGAUAGAUUACUCGAAUAUUAAUAAAAAAAACAAUAAAAUUUACAAAAACUUGAGAAUAAAUAUUUACCAACCUUUUAACCAAACAUUAAUUAAAAAACUGUAUUAAUUAUUUUAUAUUUAGAUGUUUACGAUGGAUUGGGCAUCAAAAAGUUUCAAUAAUACUUCUUUUAAUAAAUUAUGGUAAUGA